AUGGCAUCUAAUGAGCCUGAACUGGGCAGGCGGGAGCUCCCCAAAGAUGGGUGUAUUGAGGAAUCGGAGACGAAGGAACGAGAGAUCUGUGGCAUCAACUGGGUCGUGAUCUGCGUUUCACUUUACAUCACUUGCUUUCUCUACGGACUGGAUACCACGGUCGCUGCCGAUGUCCAAGGCCCUGUUAUCGGGGCAUUCGGCCAUGUCGACCAAUUCUCCUGGAUCGGAGCCGGUUUCCCAUUGGGCUCAGUAUGUGUCAUUCUCUUACUCGGCACCCUUUUCAACACCUUCAACAUGAAAUGGGUCUACAUUGCAACCGUGGUGCUUUUUGAGGCGGGCUCGGCUCUUUGUGGUGCUGCACCAAAUAUGAACGCUCUCUGA